AUGUCCGUUGAAGACCUACGCAAGAACAUGGCCAAGGCCAACCUCGAGAAGCAACGUGCCGCCAACCAGGACAGCCGAAGCCCGCUCGAGGAUCCCAAGAUCUGGGAGGCGGCUCGGAAAGCAUUCAACUCUGGCUGGAGGCAGCCCGAGCCCCGCUUUUACGUGAUCAUCUCGCCCGACAGCCUGGUCUCCACGCCCGAGAAGCUGCAGCAGAUCGCCAAGAUGACAUCGCCCCCGAAGGUCAUCAACACCACAUACACAGGCCUCCAUGGAGGCAACCCCGAAGCACCACAGAUGCGGAGCGACGGGAAGCCGCAGAAUGUCAGUGUCUGCGCGAUUGGCCGGAAGGAGCUUACGGAGAUCAGAAGCAAGACGGAAUGUGUCAUGUCUCUGCUGGCCUUGAUCAACGGGCAACCCAAGGGGGCUAUCCUAGUAAAGGGGCUCAAGAAAGUUCAGGCGAACAAUGGGGACCAAGGCAGAUAG